AUGAUCUCGACGCUCGGCAUUCAGAUCUCUCCGCGCAUAUCAGGCCACAUCGUCGUCGCCGUUUGUGUCAUAGUCAUCGUCGUCAACCUGACAGAGGCCCUUCAGCUAGCCUACCUCUGGUCCGCCCUUAAAUGGGAACCAGAGACGGAAUGGGACAGUCUUCGUUUCAACGGUGUCCGUGUCGCCGUCGGCCUCGUCUGCGGCUACAUGCUGUGGACAUGCCUCGCCGCGCUCAUCGGCUUGAUUGCUUACUCUUUUUUUUCUCUCCGAUUGUUGUUCCCGCCACACGCCCAACAGCACAUUCCCGCGUUUUUGCGCUUUUUCCGCGACUGUUCAAUCGUGGAUAUCGUAUUUUCUUUCAUGUUUACGGUCGUCGUCGCCUUUUGCACAUCUCGUCCGGCCACUCGCGCCCUCCUCUGCGAGCAUCUGUCGAGGCAACCAGAACUCCUACGCAGUGUCGCAAACUCUGGUCUCAAUUUCGAAAACUGCGAACUUUGGUUUGAAAAUGCCAUUGUGACCUUUGUCUGCGUCAUGUUCAUCACCUUAGUCAUGAGGGUGCAAUUCACAUUCACACUGUCCAAUCUCUAUACCCGCAUGCUACGCAAGCAACGUCUCGAACGGUUGGACAGCGCACCGCAGCGUAUUCUCCUUUUGCCGCCAUCGACCGAUAUACCCCUUGCCGGAUCUGACGAUCCGCAACACGUUCUCGUCUACGCACCCGUACGUCACACGCUAGAGAGCGCACACGAACUGGGGGCCACAGAGGCUUGGGUGUCGAACCACCGUCGUCAUCGUUCGAGCAGCGCCGGUAGCGCCAACCUCGCGAGCGGUGGCCUAGCCUCGCGCUCAAAGUCUGGACAAAUUCAGCUUCAGAUUGAAGAAGACGAGGGACUCUUGCCAUCGGGCUCUCCUUCUUCCGCACAUCGGAUCAGCCACCAUUACUCGUCGCGACCGAGAGCAGCGUCGAAUCCGGCAAGGGGUGCGAAUGGUGUCGUCAAUUCGCUUGUUGACGCAUGGCGGGACUCCAAGGAGAUGCUCAAGCGGAUAUAA